CUGUCGGAGAGCCCAUAUAAUUACUCCGGCCUCUGCUAGUGGAUGUGAUAUGUGGUGACCAAGUCUCGGCCAAGCGAAAUUCAGAAAUCAUCGGUGAAACCGUGUGGCGAGCCGUGAACUAAAAGAAGACAUUUUCGCCUUUGUGUUAUUAUGUUCGCGAUCGUUGUCGAGUCAUUUCUGCGCGAUUUGUGAGGAAAUGUUUCUCAGCAGCAGCAGCAGCAGCACGAAAAAAUAAAAACGCACGGACAAAGGCGAGAAAAGAGACGAAAUUCGAUCGAAUCAAAGUGUGCCUCUGUCGAACGGAAUAGAACGAGUUGCAUAUUAGCAAAGGAAGCAGUAGAAGUACUUCAUUUGCCCCAGCUGUCGAAGGAGAGGAGUUAUAAUCCGUGAUUGGAUCGAUUUUUUCCGCUACAUGAAGAUGGCCCAUUGACGGAGAAUAUUGCAUAAUAAUCGGAAAAAAGCAACCACUCAAAACAGCGCAGAAUUCACCGAAGGAAUAUCAUCAGGAGGACAAUCGCGUCACGCAAAGUGGAGUCAUAAUUUUCCUUGCAAAGGGUGAGCCGAAGGAAGAAGAACGCCCCGUAUUCGUGACAAAACACUGCACUGUAUUUCGUCGUGAAGAAAGAAAAAAAAAAGAAAGGAGAGGAUCAUCACCAGAGCAGGCUUCCAUUUUGCUAUUUCGCCUUGCCAAGUUUUGACAGAUCGACGACACAGGAAAAGAAGCAGCAGCAGCAGUUCGAAGGAACGUCAAACGUUUUGUAUCCAGGAGGAGAAGUGCUCAGUGUCGCAGUGUCGAAAGGAUCUAUUUUAUCAAGCCACAGAACCGUCACGGAAUCGGCGAGCUGGGAUUUCUUCCGACCGGAGACGGGGGCUUAAAUUUUUUUUCUUUUUUCUUUUUCUUCCACUUUCAACUCUUAUAUUGAUUUGAUUUCGGUGUGUGUUUGCUCCUUUUCGUGUGCCGCAACGCUCUCCGAAAAACGAAAAUAACCUGAAAUUGCAUAUUGCGAAAAAUCAAAACACACACACACACACUCGCUCGAACAAAAACAACAACAAAAAAUGUCGUACGAUGACGGAACCGAAACGUUGUAAAUAUAAUUCCAGCGCCGCUAUGGAUAACGACAAAAACGUCGAAGCAAUGGAUACGCAAGAUGAUAACGAGUUGGAUCCACCAAAUGCGCCGAAUCUCACCCCGGCAGUGAUGAACAAUCCGACAAACGGCGGAGGAGGAGGAGGAGUGACGGCCACAGCUGGUGCCGAGCAAAUGAGCAUGGAUGAUCAGGACAAUCUUGAUGACGAGGUCCGUUCGGAGGCGACCUUUAGCUUUAAGGUAGAAAACAUCAGCAAACUUAACGAGUCGGUACUCUCGCCACCGUAUUACGUACGUAACCUGCCCUGGAAGAUAAUGGCCAUGAAGCGAUCGAAUGAUGCGACUUCGCCGGUGGGCAAAGGAUUGGGUUUCUUCCUGCAGUGUAAUGGCGAGAGCGAUAGUACAAACUGGAGCUGUGCUGCAUCGGCCGAACUGCGAUUGCUUUCCGUCGUGCCGAACAAGGAUCCUUUCACGAGAAAAAUCCGUCACACAUUCAGUCGAAUCGAGAAUGAUUGGGGCUUUUCGUUCUUCAUGAAUUGGCACGACAUAUUGAACCCGGAAAGUGGAUACAUUCAAAACGAUGUCAUCACGCUGGAAGUACACGUAACGGCAGAACCUCCGCGAGGCAUUUUCUGGGACUCAAAGAAACAUACGGGCUACGUGGGUCUGAAAAACCAGGGCGCAACCUGUUACAUGAAUUCGCUGCUGCAAACCCUCUACUUCACCAAUCAGUUGCGCAAGGCAGUGUACAAGAUGCCAACCGAAGCCGAUGACGACUGCAAAUCGGUUGCCCUUGCACUGCAACGGGUUUUCCAUGACCUGCAAACUCAGAGCAAACCUGUGGGAACCAAAAAGCUUACGAAAAGUUUCGGCUGGGAUGCGCUUGAUUCCUUCAUGCAGCACGACGUUCAGGAGUUUCUCCGCGUUUUGCUCGAUAAGCUGGAGAACAAGAUGAAGGGGACCAGUCUCGAGGGAACGAUCCCGAAGCUGUUCGAGGGCAAAAUGAUAUCCUACAUCAAGUGUCAACAUGUGGACUACACGAGUCGUCGCUUGGAGACGUUCUAUGAUAUCCAGUUGAAUAUCAAGGGAAAGAAAAACAUCAGCGAGUCCUUUAAGGAUUAUAUCGCAACGGAAAUACUCGACGACGAUAACAAAUACGACGCGGGCGAACAUGGCCUGCAGAAGGCCGAGAAGGGAAUCCUGUUCAGCAAGUUUCCGCCGGUGUUGCAUCUUCAUCUGAUGCGUUUUCAGUACGAUCCGAUCACGGACAGUUCGGUGAAGUUCAACGAUCGGUUCGAGUUCGACGAAAAGAUCAAUUUGGAUCCGUUUCUGGAGAAGCCCGAGGAUACGAAGGCAACGUACAUUUUGCACGCCGUUUUGGUGCACUCGGGGGACAACCACGGGGGACACUACGUGGUGUACAUCAAUCCCAAAAAUGACGGCAAGUGGUGCAAGUUUGACGACGAUGUCGUCUCGCGCUGCACCCGGAACGAGGCCAUCGAGCAGAACUACGGUGGAUACGAUAACGAUAUGAACAUCCGACACAGCAGCAACGCGUACAUGUUGGUUUACGUGCGGGAGUCUGUGAUUCACGAGGUGUUGGAAGAGGUCAAGAGCACCGACAUUUCCGACGAGCUGCAGGAACGCCUCGAUGAGCAGCGGCGAAUCCAACAAUGUCGCCGAACUGAACGCACCGAAGCAACCAACUAUAUGAACAUCAACGUGCUGCUGGAGGACUACAUGGAGAUUUACCCGAAGUCGGAUCUGUUCGAUUCGGCAACGGCAACGUACCGAACCUUCAAGGUACGCAAAACGACCACCAUUGGCGAGCUGGCCACCAUGUUCUCGAAGACGUUCAAAGUGGAACCGGAAAAGAUGCGAAUGUGGACGGUUCUGAAGAACGGUCACAGGAUACACAAGUUUCAGCUGAUCGAUCCGACGGCUAACGAAACGUGCAGCAAAUAUGGCUACCAGGAUCCGAAAAACUCGUGGACCAUUUUCCUGGAGCUUGCGACACCGCAGGCGGAUCAGCUGCAGCAUAUAGAUCAGAACGAGUUGCUGAUAUUUUUCAAAUCCUACGAUCCGAUUGAGAAACGCCUCAACUACUGCGGGCACGGGUUCUACAAGAUCACCCGGAUGGAGUUGGAGGAAAAUUUUCAGGAAGAGUGUAUCAAACGGGCCCACUUCGAGCCCGACACUGACAUUCAGUUGUACGAGGUAACCGAUAUCAACAAGGCUGUAAAAAUUCCAAAUUUUUUCAUGACCGACUCACCGCUGUCUCUGCCGAUCAAUGGUUCAAUCAUUAUUAUCGAGAAGGUUAACCCUGGGUUGGAGAAUCUGGAAUUCCCAACAUGUGACGAUUAUCUUAGGGACCUGUACUGUCGGAUUGAGGUUAUCUUCGUCGACACGUUGAAUCCGAACGAUACCGGAUUCACGUUGGAUCUAUCCUCGGAGUCAACCUACGAUCAGCUGGCGAAAGCCUGCGGUCGAAGAAUCAAUGUGAAGCCUUACGAGAUACAGUUUUUCAAGUGCAAGAAUUUCAACGAUAUCCCUGGACAGCCGCUCCCUUACAACUACACCGGAACGCUAAAGGACAUCGUGUGUUACACGAAAGCGAAACAAACGAGAAAACUGUUCUAUCAAAAACUAUCGAUCAGCAUCAACGAGCUGGAGAAUAAGAAGCAAUUCCGCUGCUUGUAUCUGAUGCCAAACCUGAAGGAGGAAAAAGAAUUGAUACUGUACCCCAACAAAGACGGUACCGUGCAAAACCUUCUCGCGGAAGCGGCCAAAGUGAUCGAGUUUAGCGAAAACAGUACCAAGGAGCUGAGAAUAUCCGAGCUGUCGAAGAACCGACUUGCGCCGGGACCAUCGAAGGAUACUCCGCUCGAUCAGCUGCACGAUUAUACGGAUAAUACGUUCGUGCAGCGGACAACGAUGAGCAACCAGAAAAUGUAUCGCAUCGAGGAGGUGGCCGAGGACGAAAGAAAUGUGCCCGAGAACGAGAUGCUUGUGCCAGUGUUGCAUUUCACCAAGGAUAUUGGUAGCAUUUUUGGAAUUCCCUUCUUCAUCCGGACGGUAGACCACGAAACCUUUGCCACCCUCAAGGAGCGCAUGAAGAAGAAGCUUAAUGUGUCCGACAAGGAGUGGGAGAAAUACAAGCUGGCCAUCAUUACGGAGCACAUUGAUUACAUCGACGAUGAGACGAUCGAAAUCAAUCUGGAGAUGUUCAAACCGGACCCCAGUGAUCCAAACUCGCGGACCUAUCUCGGGCUGGAACACAUCAACAAGAACACUAAACGAGGCAGGUUUAACUAUAUGGAGAAAGCGAUAAAAAUAUAUAAUUAGGAAUCUCCACCCCCCUAUAUCCUGUUUCCCCGUCAUCUCCUUUGAAGAAGAAGCAAAGCAAAACUACUUUUCCCUUCCAAAAAACCGUUUCUACAACCUUUUCGCAAAAUGUUCUCUCACAAAAUCACAGGCGCGGCCCUUUGUCCCAAUAGUUAGGUACACACACACAUACACACACACACACACUGACACAUUAGGUUCCCGCCCAAAAUAAAUACAAACAACACACAGCUAGAGAGAAAAAAAAGGCAGAAACAAUUUUUAUUUGCUAGCAAUUUUAAACAAUUGUUCAAUUGUGACACACAAAAACAAAUACAAUACAAUACGUCUGUACCACCCCCCAUCGCCACAGUAAUGAUGCCACACAACUCACAGAAAUGAAAUUGUCAUGUCCAACUAUUCAGCGAAAAGAAGAGAAAAAAAAAUCGUUAUUGCUUUUUUUUUAAAUUAUGUUUUUUUUAUUAUAUCGACGAGUUUAAAAUGGUUCCAAGAGUUGAAAAUAAUAUCAGACCGUUAUCCGAGGUAGUCCCCCCUUCUCAUGUGAUGAAAGAAUAAGAAAUUCAAAAAGCCUUCUUUUUCACAUUUGACGGAUUUCGCGUCAACUCGACUAGAGGUUGGCAUGACCCUCUCAGAACUCAAUGAAACACUCUGGGCGUAAAGACCUUACCUAAUUAAGCAACUUGGCAUACUUAGUUUUCCGAAAAUUUAUCUAGACUAACAUAUGGAAAGGGCUAUAUAUUUUUGAUCAUUUUUUUUAUUAUUUUUCUUACUCGAAAAUGGUAAGUCCUACAAAAAAAUGAUCUAUGGAAGAGUUUUAGCAAAAUAAUUGAAUUUUCAGAAUAAAGAAAAAAUACUGAAAAAAUAUUUUUUGAAAUUCUACACUGAAAAAAAUCGAUUUCAAAAACUAAAAGUCAAUUUUCUCACAAUGGUCAUCUCAGAUUUCGAUGAAAUAGUAGAUACAUAUGUGCCCUACAAAUCUUCCAUACAUCGCAACAUAUGCAUAUUUAAGGCAAAAUAGUUUUUCUGACAAAAACUUUUUCAAGAUUUUUUCUCGAAAAUUUUCAAUUUUUUUUGUACAGCUAUAGAAAAAAUCAAUAACAAGUAGAAAUGGAUUGAUGGUGACCCUUGGAUGCUAAAGUACAGUUUUCAGCUUGUUUUUGUAGUCAAAUACAAUAUGUUUCAAUACAAAUAGCAACGACAGCUCUCAAACAAUAUCUAUCAGCCGAAAAUCUCUUGAUCGGUCGGUCAGCUAUCGAAUAGUUGUAGAUUUAGGUAUCUAUUAAGAGUCACUGUAAGUAAUAUUGGAUAUUGGUAAAGGAAUAGUAUAGAUAUCUAAAGAAUGAAUAAAAUGGCUCUGCAGUUGUUUGAAAAUUACCAGUCGUGACCAGUAGCAAAUGUAAAGUGGCGAAAAAGAAAAAGCAUUAUUUCGUUUCUGCGUAAUCAUCAGAAUUCAAUGGGAAAAUGGGACAUUAUUCAGCCACAAAGCUGUACUUUAGUAUCCAAGGAUCACCAUCAAUCAAUUUCUACCUGUUAUUGAUUUUUUCUAUAGCUGUACGAAAAAAAUAGAAAAUUUUCAAGAACAAUUCUUGAAAAAGUUUUUGUUAGGAAAACUUUUUUGCCUUAGAUAUGCACAAGUUGCGAUGUAUGGAAGAGUUGUAGGGCACAUAUAUUUCUACAAUUUAUCCACCGUUUCAUCAAAAUCUGAGAUGAGAAUUAUGAGAAAAUCGGCUUUUAAUUUUUGAAGUCGAUUUAUUUCAGUAUAGAAUUUCAAAAAAUAUUUUUUCACUAUUUUCUCUGAAAAUUCAAUUAUUUUCCUCAAACUCUUCCAUAGAUCAUUGUAUUUUUGUAGGGCUUACCAUUUUCGAAUAAAAAAAAAAAUAUAAAAAAUGAUCAAAAAUAUUGAGCCCUUUCCAUAUGAUAGUCUAGAUAAAUUUUCGGAAAACCAAGUAUGCCAAGUUGCUUAAUUAGGUAAGGUCUUCACGCCCAGAAAGUUUCAUUACGUUCUGAGAGGGUCAUGCCAAUUCCAAUCGCGUGAGUUCGCGCGAAAUCCGUCAUUUGACGACGCCGAUUCCGACCACGAUGACGCUUGUUUUCGUUUCUCCCACACUUGUGCUUGUAUAGAAUUGUGUAUCCUGUAAAUUCUUGUUUUUCCCCCUAAUCCUCCACUCUCUCUGCCUUGUUCCGUUCUAAAAUUGCACUGGGAGAAGAAGAGAAGAAAAUCUGUAUUAUCAGAACACCAUUGUUUGUUUGUUUGCGAGAGAUGGACAAAAGGCGGAAGACAAUUUAAGGCAAAUCGAUUAUUUAUAUUUAAAUAUUAAACAAAAAAUGAAGGAGGUUAAACAUUAAGACUAUAGUUGCAAACGAAAGCUGCUGAACGCAAAAAAAAAAAGUUUAGGCUCAGCCAGUAAUCUAUGAAGAGAGGAAAGAAAAAAUCUAUAUUUGCUGUGAAAAAUCAAUGACUGUGUGAGAAAUCCUGCUGACGACAGAACUCUCAGUUGGGGGAAAACCGAAAAAGGGUCGGUUUCGGGUUUCCGCCUCUUAAUUUGAACUCAAUGCUGUAGAACAACAUCUAGAAGAUAACUUCGGUUGCCCGCCGCUUGAAAGUAAAAUUCAAUACAUCGUCGAAUCGAAAGCGCGGAGGAGCUCCUGUGAGCUUCUGUGUAGAAAGGAUUCGUGUUGGAAACGCCGCAUAUAAACUCAAUCCUAGACAACAAGUGCACUACAUAAACAAUUAUAAUCAUGGCUAGUACUAUAUUGGUCAGCAAAGACAGAAAGAAAAACAAUGAACACACACACGCUAUUCGAAACGCAGACGCUCACUGAUGUGUGCGUGCGUGUGACACGCACCUGAUAGCAACAGUAAAAGCAGCAGCAAAAUGAUACAGUAUAAUAUUAAACAAAUCAAAUAAAACGAGUAACAGAACGAGAGAGAGAGAGAAAGCUGUUGAAAGUAAAACAUAGAGCAUGGAAGGAGCUAAUUGUAAUAAAACAGUAAAAAUUAUAAAACAACAGAAAAAAAACAAUAAAAAUGUUUUGAAAUCAA